AUGCACGAAAAGUCAUUUGCCUGCUGGCUUGAAAUCAAUCAAAUCCAAAAGCUCAAAGAAACCUGGUCAUGGAGGGUGACCUGUAGCCACAACCACCUCACGAACGCUCUAUCAAGAGAGCUUUCCGUACCAAGCUCGGGAGAUAGAUCGCACGGCCCGUCGUCCACUGUGGCCGCCCGGACCUGCUUGGACGAGAUGAAUUUCAUCCCACUCCUGCCUGUUGGGCCAUCGCUCCACUCCGUCGCGACGGCUUCUUUCUCGCGUGGGAUACGGAACGCCACGACCAAGAUGGGAAGGUUGCCCGUUGUCAACUUGGUCGUACUUGUUGCUGAUGGCUUGCCAUCUCAGCCCGCCACCGCCGUGUGA